CUGACACUGGACACACGCAGCCAUUGGCCAUUCACGUUUUCUAACUCGCCUAUGUCGGUAACGUGUAGAUUGUGAUUACUGUUCUCCGCGAGUUGUACAUUUAAAUCGUCGUCGCUCAUCAUAUGUUUUGUGGUGAAGUAACAGACGUGUUCCUCCGUGUCACUGAGCCGCGGCGCGAAGCUGACUUCCCUGCCCGUAGCCUUGGCGACCGGGGGAGCCGCGCGCACCUUGCCACCAACCGCCACGUUAACCAAAAAUAACACAACACCCAAUUUAUAACGCCGUAGAGGGUGGUUCUGUGUGAGAGAAGCUAACGUGGCUCUGAGCCGUUUGGAAUUAACGGAGGUAUUUAGCUCGUGACUGACGUGGGAUGUGAAGCCUCCGCGGCCUGUCGAAACGGAUCCCUCCCCCUCCUUCGGAUCCACAGCAGCCAUGCAAAGCCCUCCGCCCGAGACCACAGCCGAGUACACGGAGGACAAAGGUUUCCACCCGGAGACGACCCUGGGCAGCGCCUACUCCCCCGUCGACUACAUGAGCAUCACCAGCUUCCCCCGGCUGCCGGAGGACGACGCCGCCUCGGGGGACAACACCCUGAAGCCACGCAAAGGCGACGACAACGUCCUGAGCGAGCAGGACGCAGACCCCGAUGUGUUCCUGAAGUCGGCUCGCCUGCAGCGCCUCCCGUCCUCGGCGUCGGACCUGGCCAGCCACGAGAUGGCCUCGCUGCGGGAGACGCACACGGACCCCUUCAAGGAGGACUGCGCCUGUCAGCGCGACGGACUCACGGUCAUCAUCACGGCUGCUCUCACCUUCGCCACGGGGGUCACGGUGGCUCUCAUCAUGCAGAUCUACUUCGGACCCGCUCAGAUCUUUAACCAAGGCGCCGUGGUGACCGACGCGGCCCAGUGCACGUCCCUCGGCUUCGACGUACUGGAGAAACAGGGCUCCAGUGUGGACGCCGCCAUCGCCGCUGCGCUCUGUUUGGGAAUCGUCCACCCGCACACGUCUGGAAUCGGAGGGGGCGGAGUUAUGUUGGUGCACAACAUCCGUAGGAACGAGACGAGGGUCAUCGACUUCAGGGAGACGGCGCCGUCCGCCCUCAACGAGGAGAUGCUGCAGACGAAACUCGAUCUGAACCCCGGCCUGCUGGUGGGGGUUCCGGGCAUGCUCAGUGGGAUGCACCAGGCUCACCAGCUCUACGGCAGAAUGCCGUGGAAGGAUGUGGUUACCAUGGCAGCGGAAGUGGCCAGAAAUGGAUUUAAUGUUACCCAUGACCUAGCUGAAGCACUGACUAAGGCGAAGGACCAAAACAUGUCGGAUACGUUUCGGGAUUUGUUCCUCCCCAAUGGCCAGCCUCCCCUGUCCGGGCUGCUCACCAGACGUCUGGAUUUAGCAGCCAUCUUGGAUGCAGUGGCGUCCAAAGGGAUGUCUGAGUUCUACAGUGAAAACCUGACUCGGGAAAUGGCAGCAGCAGUGCAGGCCAGCGGCGGAGUGCUCACAGAGGAGGACUUUAGAAACUACAGCACAGUGUUACAGAAGCCAGCGGAGAUCAUCUAUCAAGGUCACCAUGUGAUGGCGGCUCCGGCCCCGCAUGCAGGCAUUGCCUUGAUCGCCGCUCUCAACAUCCUGGAAGGCUACAACAUAAGCAGCCAGGUGCCCAGAAACAGCACCUACCACUGGAUAGCAGAGGCACUGAAGAUAUCUCUUGCCCUUGCUAGUGGACUGGGGGACCCCAUGUAUGACACUUCUAUCUCAGAUGUUGUUGCCAAGAUGCUGAGUAAAUCACAGGCCUCCCUACUCCGCCAGAUGAUCAACGACUCUCAGGCCUUUCCCGUCGGACAUUACGCUCCAUCUUUCACCUUGGAGACGGGCGCAGCUGCCGCCCAGGUCAUGGUGAUGGGCCCGGAUGACCACAUUGUGUCAGUGAUGAGCUCUCUCAACAAGCCGUUUGGCAGCGGGAUCGUGACUCCUUCCGGAAUCCUCCUGAACAGUCAGAUCCUGGACUUCUCCUGGCCGAACAAAACCCAGGGCUCAUCUCCCAACCCGCAUAACAGCCUGCAGCCUGGGAAGAGGCCCAUGUCCUUCCUGAUGCCCACAGCAGUGAGGCCCGCCGUGGGCUUGUGUGGCACCUACGUGGCCGUUGGGUCCUCCGACGGAGAGAAAGCUCUCAGCGGCAUCACGCAGGUGCUGAUGAACGUUCUGUCUUCACGUAAGAACAUGAGCGACAGCUUGGCGUACGGACGACUCCACCCGCAUCUGCUGCCCAACACGCUGCUGGUGGACUCUGAGUUUGAAGACGAAGACGUGGAGCUGCUGAAGGCCAAAGGUCACACGGUGGAGAGGAGAGAUGUGCUCUCGCUGGUGGAGGGCACCCGGAGAACCAAUGACCUCAUCAUAGGGGUGAAAGACCCCCGCAGUGCUGACGCCUCCGCCCUCACCAUGUCCAACGUGCCCUAGCGCACCGUCAGCACCUCGAUGCUGUUGUGCCCUCGCGCCGACGCAGUAGAAAUGUUCACAGUGUACGUCCAGCGCUUCACGGCAUCAUUUAAAACUCCAGCCUUCAUCACGCAGAGGUCACGCCACUUCAGGUGCACCCAAGGAACACUCAAGAGCCUCGGAGUGGGCUCACUCGGCGGACGCGAGGGAAGAGAGUAGAAAAGUGUAACCGCAUUCGAAGCGGCCAGUUUUGGGCUGCAGAGGAUGUGGGACGAGUUGCUUUCAGCAUCUAGGAAAGAGGAAAUGAAUGACAAACAAAUAGCUUCUUUUGCACAACUGAUCAUUGAGUAGCGAGGCCACGACACACGCAUGCUUCAACCCUUCCACCGCCAGCGUUCCCACUAACACAUGAGAUGACAUGUAAUAUUUAUACACGUGAUGAAGCCUCGCACAGUCACACCUAAGCUAGGAUGUUCCAGGCUGGACACAAGUCGACAGCGUUCCCGUCCUGCUCUCUAUGUGCCGUGUAACCGUGACUGUAGAUGUCGUUUGGUGCAGCUGAUUGAGUUUUAACCCUUGCGAUCAAAUCCAGAGUCCAGACCAACUCAUUAUUAAUCAAAGUACGGAAUUAUCUUUUUUUAGCGCUUUGUUCAUUUUUACAGGUUAACGCCACCGAUAAUGUGUGUAUUUAAAUAUAUAAUUUAUGAAAUUGAAAACUGUUGCACGAUAUUUUCUCAUUUAAGCUUGAUGGAUUUAAUGUUUCUUUAUGAAUAUUUGUUGGGCUGCAUCAAUUAUUUUUACAGUUGUAACAGUCAAUCAGCUCAUUUUAGGCUGUUAUGUUGUUGUUGUUUUGUGUAAUUAUUUUAGACAGUAUAUUUGAAGUAAGAACAGCCUUUUCAAAGCGUUGCGUUCCAAACGUGCUUCACUGAUCAAAUGAGCCUAUCGUUUAGGCACUAGUGCAAUAUGACUGUAGAUUCCAGUGGCACAUGUUUGCACACCUGAUGUUUGUUUUCACCUGCAUCUGUAUCUGAUUUUAAUCCAAAAAUCAGCACCGUCCAUCCAAACCCAAGAAAUAAAGUGUUUGCUCACAUCCCAAAUUUGAAUAAUGUUUCUCCUUUUGUUCCUCCUCACAUGCACGUGCAUCUGACCUGGCUCUUUGGAUGUCUGUUUAUAACUUGUUAUUAAUUCAUGCUAGUUUCCAGUGAACAUGCACACUGAGAACAAUUCUGCUGCAAAUACAUGUUUUUGAGGAAUCUGAAGCAAUUCAACUGAAGUUUGUAUUUUAGAUACAUUCAUGGUCCAGAGUAUCGGCAAUAAACGUUGGAUUCAGUUCAGACAACAUUGA